ACGGGAUCACCCGCUAAUUACCUUUCUUUCAAAGUUUAGAUUUCUCGGCGAAAGAGGAGAGAGAAAGAAGAGGGAGAGAAAUCUAUUAAAGAGGUUAACAGAUCAAUAAAUGGGUUCAGCUAUCAUUUUGCGUUCCAGUAAUGUUCGAGUUGGUAGAUGUAUAUUUGGUGAGAGUUAUGUUGACUCGAAGCUCAUGAAAGGUCGCAGAUCUAUGUUGCCCAUGCUAAAAAGAAAUGUGAAAAGCUCACUGAUCAUCAAAGUGAGCAACGAACAUGCGGAAUAUCUUCUUGGAGAACGCCACCCACUUGAAGCGAGAGAUCUGGUACUGCCAUUAUUUAUUCACGAAGGUGAUGAUGAUAUCCCGAUAGGAACUGUGCCUGGCUGUUCAAAAUUUGGAUGGAGACACGGGCUUGUUGAUGAGGUUUACAAGGCGAGAGAUGUUGGUAUUAGCCGGUUUGCACUUAUCCCGAAAACUUCUAGUGCUGAAAAGUUAUAUGAGAGAAAUGAAGCAUACCAUGUAAAUGGCCUAGUACCUCAAGCAAUACGUCUUUUGAAGGAUAAGUACCCUGAAAUUGUUAUUUACACUGAUGUUAUGCUGGAUCCUUUUAUCCCUGAUAGGCAUGGUUCUGUACUAUGGAAAGAUGGCUGUACAAGUACAACCUCAGCCAGUAGUUCCCUUAGCUUGCCCAAGGUGGGGAAGGUACCCGCUGCCCUAUAUAAAUUUGGGGUUUUUUUGACAGGACUCGUCUCUAAUGAUGAGAUGGUCAGUCAGUUGUGUGAACAGGCGCUUUGUCUGGCUCGUGCUGGUGCUGAUGUUGUAUGUCCCAGUGGUUCUAUGGAUAGAAGGGUUAAUGUGGGAAUUCGAUCAGCUUUGGAUGAUGAAGGAUUUCAUGAUGUUUCUGUUAUGUCUUGCACUUCAAGGCAUGCGAGCACUUACGCCGCAAUGUUCUAUGACGUUUUGGAUUUAAGCCCGAUUAUUCUUGUUGUCUUUUCUCUUUAUUUCCAUAUUAAUUUGCUCUCUGAACCAAUUUUAUGUGCUUUUUUCCUUUUGUAUAGGUGUGACGAAUCAAUUUAUGGCGAAAACCCUAUCAGAAACGGUGUGAUUGUGGUUGAAGGAGCUGAUAUUCUUAUGGUAAAACCAGGUCAUUCUUUUGUGAAUGUCUUAGAAAGCCUUCGGGCUAAGUUUUCUUUACCAGUUGCUGCAUAUCAGGUGUUUAAUGAGUACUAUGUGAUCAAAGCUUCUCAGGAAGAUGGAUGUGUGAAUGUGGAGAAUGUCAUACAGCGGUACCUGGAACCAAUGAAAUAUUCUGGUGCAGAUAUCAUUUUCUCAUACUUUGCUCGUGAGGCCGCAAGUAUCUUAAGUGGGAUGAAAUGAAGUCAAAUUUAAUUAAGUUAUAAAGUAAGUUGUACCAGCUAUAUGUUGAUAAUAAAUUAUGAGCUUAAUUCUCUUAUAUGAAUAAUAAAUUAGCGUAAUUAUUAGCUUUA